AUGUCUGCCGGUAUGUCUGCUGGUGUAAUGUCUGCCAGUGUAAUGUCUGCUGAUAUGUCUGCAAAUGCUGAUGUGUCUGCUGAUAUCAGUGUGUCUGCUGAUGCUGGUGUGUCUGCUGAUGCCAGUGUGUCUGUUGGUGCUGGUGUAAUGUCUGCUAGUGCCAGUAUAAUGCCUGCUGGUGCAGGUGUGAUGUCUGCCAGUCCCAAUAAGAUGCCUUAUUAUAAACAAUUACAAAUUGGGGGAGAAUAUCAAUCCAACGAUAACCCUGAACUCCGGUAA